GGCAGUGACACGAGGCGCGCGCGCGCUACGCGGUCGCGCGGAGCGCGCGAGGGCGCGAGGCCGCGUAGCGCUAAUGGGCUGCGCGCCGGGCUGCCGCUAGUGCCGCGCCGGCUCGGCCCGCAGUAGCUCGCCGCGGAGCAUGAGGCGCGACAGCUCGACGGUGUGCGACGCCUCGCACAGGCUGCUCAGCCUGUCGGCGAGGGCGGCCAAGUGCGCCGCCCUCAUGGCCGAGCCGGACGAGCUGCAGCCAGAGCGCGUGCUCUACCCGAGGACCUCGAGGGCGCUGGCCAAGACGCCCGUCGCGGGCGGCACCCCCAUCGACGAGCAGACCUGCAUGGGCCUGCGCGCGCUGGUCUUCGGCAGCUGCGCCAGUCCGCCCAAGGCCGAGUGGGCGCGCACCGGGCUGACGCUGCGCCCGGCGGGCCAGGGCCUGGGCUUCGGGCUGCGCGCGCCCCGCAACACCACGCGCGGCCUCGUCAGCGCCGUGCAGGCCACCAUGCUCAAGCACUUCCUCUUCAGGCUGAGCAAGCAGGAGGCGCUCUGCUCGCCGGACCUGCUGCUCAAGCCCAGCUACGACAAGCAGCUGGAGGUGCUGAACGCCUCGUUGGCCGAGAUCGUCUGGCGCUGCGCCGGGGGCUUCGCGGCGCAGGGCGCCGGCUGCACCGCCGGCCUCUGCCUGCCCAGGGCCGUGGUCGCGCUGCCGCAGGACACCCCCUACCUGCAGCACAGCGUGCAAUACUUUCAGGAUGGGCUGACGGAGACUCUACAUUUAUUUGAAUUCACUACCUUGGAAGAUUUAGAAAUCUUUAUUAAACGAUAUUUAUACUUGUUCCAAGACGAAGGAGGUCCUGGAGCUCAAUUACUUUUAUACAGUGCUAUAUUAUCCCGAGGAUUAUCCAAAGUUCGCAACGACUUGGAAGAUCCAAGAGCAUCGAUUCUUGGCGGAUCUCCCGAAGAAGGUCCGAUAAGCCUGGUGUUGCUUGCGAUCACUGGGCGAGCAUCGCCCCACGUUCACAAUGGCGUAGUGCACGUCGGAGACGAAAACACAUACGCCAUACCGCAAUGGGGCGUGUUGGUGCGCAGCGAGAUCGGUUUCCUCAUCCACGAGGGCGACGGCCAGGCGAACAAGGUGCCGGGUUCCCGGCUGAAGACGCCCAGCCUGCCGAUCUGGGUGUCGCUGUGCCUCGGCCACCACGGGGUCCUGUUCAACACCAACAGAGAGCUGCUGCGCAAUUAUCACGCCGAGAGACGGUUCGACCUGCAAUACUACACCUGCGGCGGCAGUCACGCCACGCUCACCGUGGACACGCGCGCCCGCGAGAGCGCGUCUGGCAUCGAGGGCGCCGGCGCAGCCAGAGACACCGUCGACAUUGCCGCGACGCCCCUCGAGAAGCUCAUACACAGCAAGUGGCAGGACGCGCAGAUCCAGUGGAGCGGAACACCGGUGCUGUGAUGAGAAAGCUCUCGCAGCUGGUCCCUUUCGUUCGCCUCGAGUCGCCCUCGCCGAGAGCUGCUAUUGUUGCCGUGUCGCAGCGAAUCGCCGGCAUCCGAUCUGAUUCUAGAUGACGCCUACGAGUGUGCUUCGCCCAAUUGCCAGUUACCAGACUCCGAUUCAAUAUCGCAUUCGCCGUUAUGAUUUAAGCUUGCGGCAGCAAUCUUCUUCUCGGCUCACCACCACUUUUACCGGAGCGCCGCUCGGAACAAAUCGUUGCGAUUGUUCCCAGUGAAAGCGAUCUGCUUCGCAAUCAUUAAACGCCAUUUCCACCAAUGAUACUUUACUUUUACCAAGUUUAUAAUGCUGAAUAAUGACUUUCGCAGAGAUAUUCUUUGCAAAUCUCAAUUGCUUCGCACCGCUACGUUGCAUAACUGUCCAUUCGCGUUUAUUAUCGCGGUGCUUGUAGCAGUCGUGCAAUUGUGCCUCGGUAUUAUUGUCGGAAUCAUGUUCAAAUGAUAAUUGUACGUGUAUGUGUCCGUAAAAUAUUGCUAGACAAUUACCAAAGUAUACGUUACAAGUACAAAACUCUCGAGUAAAAGCUUGAUAUAGAGACUCGGCAUGCUAUAUAUAAUUAUAAUUAUACAGCUGAUAAAUGAUUAACUUUCUAGAAAUGGAAAACCAUAUGAAGUUUAAAAAAUUGAGUAUAGGUGUUAUAAUUAGAGUCUAUUGUUAAAGGCAGCAUUUAAAAUAAUUCACUUGUAAUUGCACUUGUAAUCACAAGCGGCGAAAAGUUUCGCUGUAAAUAUGUUCCAUGUCUCGAUGUUGUUGUAUUGGCAAAUGUAAGUGACAAUCUUUUUCGUGCGAAUCGAGCUAAAAAUGUCUGCAGAUGGGUGUUUCGCUUCUUAAGUAUUUCCCAAAUUUACCUGUGCGCCAUGAUUUUAUUUUCCAUACAUGUAUAAAGAUACAAAAUAAAUCAAGCGUUUUGCUGCCUUCUUUCUGCAUACAGAAAACUCUCUACAAUAGAUUUUUCCGCAGCUCGAAUAAAGCGGAGUUCAUUGAUCCGCAAGCAAACACGGCAAUCAUUCUCUUGCAACUAUAAUGUUAUCGAUUUGCAGCUGAGCGCGUCCCGCACUUCCUGUCAAGUGCAGCAACGUCUUUUGUAAACUACGCGUCACGUCAUUCUGCAGCUAUUGCGCUGGAUUUUGACCCGAUUUUAAUCUGCUCCUAAUGGCAUUGCACCUAUCAGAAAUAAACACCGCCUUCUCAGUUCAUUUUUGCCAAGUAUUUCUAAAUAUUUUAAAAAUAAUUGUCCAAUUGUCGUCUAGAUAUUUUUUUCAGCAUUAGGCAGUAUUUUAAUGCAUUUUCGACAGUUUAGACAUUUUGCAAAUAACCUGUAUACGACCUAAUAAAAGAGUGA